AUGACCAAAAUAGACUCGGGGUUUAUCGCCUCGCUCGCAGAAUGUGGCAAGCCUGCUGAGAGCACUUUCCGGUGGUAUCUGACGGCUAUUGUAGCACUGGGCGCCUUGAAUUACCCUGAAGAGAUUCCCGGAUUUUAUAGACACCUUCUUGAUCAAUAUAUUCCAGAACCCGAGCAGAGGCAGGAGACACGCAAAAUUCUAGAAGGUCUGACCAAAGUUUGCGGAAUUCAGGGGGCCGCUAAGACAGGGAAUGCUACACGGGCAUUGGCUACUGCUAUACCCGAACACCUCAGGGACAACAAGUGCUACCGCGAGAAAGAAACAUUCGAAGAGGCUCGCGAGCGAGGGCAGAAGAUGCUCCGCAGCAUAUACGGACCUAAUCCAGAUUAUGAUGGCUCCAAAACAAAGACCGCCGCACCGGACUAUUCAUGGAUUGUUACAAAUCUUUUUUACUCCUUCGUAUUCUCCUUCGACGAGAUUCUGAACACCCUUGAGACUAGCCAGGUGAUUAUUGCUGCGCUACUUGGAAUCGAUUGUCAAGAACAAGUGAAAAAUCACAUGAUAGGUAUGAUGCUGAAUGGUGGACAAAGGGAUGAGAUUAUCGCCUUGACAGACAUUGUCAUGUUGCUUGCGGACAGACUAGGGGUGAAGUUCAAGGGUUCCCAACCAAGUGUGCCGGAAAUGCCCAAAUUAAAGCCUACAGACAUAAAUUUGGAAAAGGAAGAAAGGGGAUCCUCAGACCUCCAUCAACACAUCUGA